AUGGAGCAUAUUGACAGUAUUCAGAAAUCACCAGAGGAUCCCCAAAGCUUUCUUGAUGAGGACUUAUUAGACAAGAUGAUGCCGCAGUCCAGGAUGGAUGAAGAUACACAGUUGAUCCACAUCCUGAAGCUGAGAGCAGAUGAGCUGAUCGUACGAUAUCAAGCCCUGCAAAAAAUCAACACUGAGCUUGAGGACAAAGUAGCCCUCUGCAACACAGAGCUGGACCACGAAAGAAGCAGAUCAGCAUUAUUAGAAGAAAGAUUUACAACUUUAGCCUCAAACAAUCAAUCAAUCAUUUCUUUCAUGGAAGAGCACAAAGAACAGAAUGUCAAGUUAAGGCAAGAAAACAAUCGGCUACAGUCUGAGAACAAUUCACUUUUUUCACAAAAGUUGCAUCGCGGGGAACUUUUAAUCCAAAAUCUCAAAGAAGAGAUCAAGAUGCUGAGAGAGAAACUUACAAACAAUGAAAAUGAACACAGGGAGAAAUUAUCUGAAUCUGAGUCCAAACUCCAAGAACAAGCAGCUCAGCACAAAGUCAAGGAGGCAUCGCUUCUCACUCAGUAUCAUGAUGCUCGCCAGCAGCACGCAGAUGCCGUGGAAAUGAGUAAAGAUUUGAAGCUUAAACUAGAAGAAGCACAAGAACAGCUUGCUUUGAAGGAACUCAACUUUAAGGAAAGCAUAACAAACCUCACCAAGGAGAAUGACAAAUUACUGAAUUUGACAAUGGAAAGAGGCAAAGUAAUACAGGAGAAACAAAAACAAAUCCAGCAGUUGGAAACAAGGUGGAGAGAUGAGAAAAAAACACGGAUUGAGGCACAGGACAGGUUUGAACUGGAAGCAGAAGCUGUAAAUGCAGAUCUAAGAGUCAAGUCCCUUGAGUCUGCUCUCGCCGAAUCUACGAAAAAGCUUCACAAAUUUGUUGAGGAUUGUGAUGCCUUUAAGGAACACAGUGGCAAUCUCCUUAAACAGGAAAGAGAGCUGACUAAGAGACUUUGCGACCUAAAAAUGUAA